AUGGGCAAUGAGAGAAAAGUCACCUCUAUUGGGGUCAACACGUCCACAGUUCUCAAAACCUACGCACAUCUGACUCAGCUAGCAAAGGACGGCCCUUAUUCUCCUCAUUCUAACACCAUUCUGCAAACUGACGAUCCAAAACAUAAUGUUUGA